GGGUGCGGGCGCGGGACGCGGCUGCCGGCUGGGACCCGGAGUCCGAGGUCCACGGCGGAGCGCGAUGGCCGCGUGGGGCGAGCGGCUGGCGGGCGUGCGCGGAGUGCUGCUGGACAUCUCGGGCGUGCUGUACGACUGCGGCGCGGACGGCGGCAGGGCUAUCGCCGGCUCGGUGGAGGCGGUGGCGAGACUGAAGCAGUCCCACCUGAAGGUGAGGUUCUGCACCAACGACUCACAGAAGUCCCGGGGAAAGCUGGUGGGGUUGCUUCGGCGGCUGGGAUUCGACAUCUCUGAGGACGAGGUGACCUCCCCGGCACCGGCCACCUGCCAGAUCCUGAAGGAGCGAGGCCUGCGGCCACACCUGCUCAUCCACGAAGGAGUCCGCUCAGAAUUUGAUGAGAUCGACACGUCCAACCCAAACUGUGUUGUAAUUGCGGACGCAGCAGAAGGCUUUUCUUAUCAAAACAUGAAUAAAGCCUUCCAGGUGCUCAUGGAACUGGAAAAUCCUGUGCUCAUAUCCCUGGGGAAAGGGCGCUAUUACAAGGAGACCUCUGGCCUGGUGCUGGACGUCGGGGCCUACAUGAAGGCGCUCGAGUACGCUUGUGGCAUUGAAGCCCAAGUAGUGGGGAAACCUUCUCCUGAGUUCUUCAAGGCUGCCCUGCAAGCCAUCGGGGUGGAAGCCCACCAGGCCGUCAUGAUUGGGGACGAUAUCGUGGGUGAUGUCGGCGGUGCCCAGCGGUGUGGAAUGAGAGGCCUGCAGGUGCGGACCGGGAAGUUCAGGCCCACGGACGAGCACCAUCCGGAGGUGAAGCCUGACGGGCACAGAUGGGGCCGUGACCCGGCAGACCGGACGGUGUUGUGCCCAGUGUGUGCAGGAGCAGCCUGAGGGCGCAAUAAACUCUGCCGUGAACUGCA